UUCCCAGAUUAAUCGUAGUGAAUUGUCUUCCGCGAUGGAGUUGCGCGAAAUAAAUCGCAUUUUUGACUCUGCAGAAGAGACUACGGAACUUCUUCCGCCGUCCUAUCGCGAUAACGCGGAAAUGGAAAGCUACUUCAUCGAGUAUGCCAUUCAGAAGGAGAUAAUAAAUCGUAAUCGAUGUCCUGCCAGUCGUCGUUUGCUUAGCCAAACUGCUCACUUGGCAGACUUUAAUGUUACCAACGGUAACCAACAAAAGGAUUCGCCAUGCGUUGGUAUCAGUAUGAUACACACUUCGAACGCAAAUUGGCCUCCUUCUAGAAAGAGAGAAGAAGCGAAAGCAUUGGAAAACCUCCGAAAAAGAGUGGACCCAUCACAAUUGUAUAAAGCGAAUCGAAUUUCAGAUACCUGCGGAUCGACCUCUGCAUCUUCGGUCUUGAAUAACGAACAAACCGAGCGGCUCGAUAAUCGGCCAAAGCUCUUAAAAAAGAUCCUGAGUAACAGACCGAUGAGUAUCGCGCACGACAGUAACGAUCUGGAGACCGACUGGCGAGACAGCGAAUUUAUUACCGAAUGUUUGUGCUGGCACAAUGUCUAUCGACAGAGGCACAACGCCCCACCGCUAACGAUGUCCCCUCAGUUAUGCGAAUAUGCGCAAACGUGGGCUAAUCACUUGGCACAUACGAAUACGUUCUACUACAGAAACGAUCGAGAAGUGGGGCAGAAUCUUUAUUGUCGACCCGGUGGUGCAGUUCCUUCCGACGUAACUGGACAAGACGUCGCAUCUUAUUGGUACUCCGCGGUGAAACAAUACGACUUUUUAAAAGAACCGGAUAUUCUUCAUGCCAACGUGAACGCAGGACACUUCACGCAACUAAUUUGGGGAAGCAGUCGUUAUUUUGGAGUUGGAAAAGCGCGCAGUAGAAGUGGAAAAAUAAUCGUGGUAGCCAACUAUCGACCGGUGGGUAAUAUAUCUGGACACUUUCAGAAUAACGUGUUGCCACCUUUGCCGGAAAAUGUGAAUAUGGCUUUAUCGCCAACGCCUCAGGCGUCGACGAAACUCUUUCGAGAACAUUAUGUUGCGUCUGAUUCGCCGCCACCAGCGUCGUCCCCCGCGCCGCUUUCGGAUACCGCGUCGACGGAUAGCGACCGUUCUUCCAUCGGUUCCGCGCAAUAAUACAGACGACCAAAUUGCCUCUUCUGCGUUUGCACGCGCGGAUGGGACGGACGUUGAUCGGUUUCGAUAUUACCGUCUUCCUCGCAUCCAACCACCUUUUUUGCAUUAUGCAUCUCCCCCCUUCUCUCUAUCCCAAUGGCGCAAUUAAUAAUUCUUUGAAUCUCGAUAUAUGUAUAAAGUGAAACUUUUAAUUUUGAAAGAAAUAGAAUCAAAAAUCAAACGGAACUUUCGCAUAUACACUAUUUAAAAAGAAAUGUUCGUCGUUAACUACAUUAAUCGGAGACUAAUUGAUACUAUGUGUUUUCUUUUUUCUUAUAAAAUCAUUUUCGGUUACGCCACUGGUCUACCCACCUCCUUCCCUCGCGUGUACUUUAAUCAAGGUACGCAGACUGCGAUGAAUCUGGCUAUGAAAAACAAGCCGAGGGCAGAGACAGACAUGAUUUUCGAUCGAACAACUAACUAUCUUUCUGUGUUUAUUAACUAUUUAAUUCUAAGAUUAUAACUCUAGUUUUGAUUCUACAUGCAAGAAUGUCGACUAUCUCUGCCGAGGGGGGAAUCUAACUUUCAUCAAGAAGUGAAGAACUGAGAGAAAGAAAUACGCUUACAAAGUAUACAUAAAUUCAUAUACGUAAAUAUAAUUAUAAGCAGGUGAAUAAGUACGUAUAAUCGUUUCUCCGUAUAUAUGUAUACGUAUUUAUUUACUCGUUUAUUCGAGCGACGAGAGAACGAGGGAAGGGAAAAAAGAGAGAACCUUGAUAUUCUCGGUUUAAAACUCGCGUGCAAAUCUCGUGGAGCAGGCAUACGUUGCGUGAGUCCUAAUACUUUUUUAUCGAUAAUCCUCGCGCAACACGCGUAUAUUCUAGGAGACCUUGAUUCAUGACAAAUAAAGUGUGAUACAACGCUAAGAAUGAUUACUGCGAUCGUUAACAGUUUUACACGUAAGAUACUUUCACGGUCCGGUUCUUCUUUGGAUUUUGUGUAAGUUGCGCGAACGAUGGGUGAAUAUACUUUCGAUACCAUGACAAAGACAGUUUUUGAGGAAAUGAAUCGAAAUUUUCGUACGUGCACUAUAUUGUUUGCUUUCUAUUAUUACGUAAAGAUGGCAGAUGAAAAGUUGUGGAAAAUAUGAAUAGUAUCUAGUAAUGUUUGCUUAAUCGCAGAUCCCACAAAGAUUGACUGAAACAAACGAUCGCGAUAGUAGUGGACUGCGUGUCCAAGAAAGUACAAACUGUAUGCAGUACUAUUUACAAGGGAACGUCACAAACUAUGAGAUGUUGAUAUUGAAGAACUAUGCUGCAUUUCGUCGUAGCCAUUGUUCAAUUUUAAGGUCGAAACUGCCCGUUAUGUUCGUGCCUAUCUCUCCUAAAUUACAAACGUCUGUUUGGACCUGUCUUAUCAUGGAUAAGAUUGUUAACUCUGAUGUAAGGAGAGUGGGUUCUUCCUUAAAUACGAAAGCAGAAGGCACUGAGAAAUAGCAUAGUUCUUAGGUUGGAUCAAUAAACAUGUAUGCAAAGUUUCAUCGGUAUUAACGUUUGAAAGUUCGCAUUGUUUCCUUGUUAGUCGAGUUCCAUGUAUCACUGCAUACACGCUAGUUAAUUCUUCUCUCAAGGUGCGAAUGUUAAAUUCAGGUAUCGAUCUUUCCCCGUUACAGUAAUAAUCAUAAUGUAUGUAUGUAUAAAUGUAUGUAUAUUGCACGUAUGUAAGUAUGUAUGUUUCCGUAAAUUGCAUCGCUCUAAAAAUUCCUGACAAUUUUUUACGCUUUCGUGUUUUUGGAGCUUUCACUCUCAAGUACAUAUCAUGCGUUUGAAAAAUCUACGCUACACAGCGUCUUAUACUGUUACUGUUUCGGACAAAGAUCGACCAAGAUUUUCAAUCAGGAAAUGAGACUAUUGCUUUGAAACUUAGAACAGAAUGGACGCUGGAAAGAAGUCACAAAUAUUUUCGUACAUCCAGCCGUUUGAUCCGAUGUUUCAACGUGAAAAACAAUCGUUAGAUGUUAUUUUUUAUUUUGUUUUUCGCGCAUGAUAUAUGGUACAGAGGUGUAUUAGAGAAAAAAGUGAAAUCCGUUAUGUACGAACGGAUUACGAUUAAAAUGAAUUAAACUAAUCGCUAAUUGCUUGCAACCAUCGUUAAUUAAAUUAAUCGUUAUUCUUCGACGGUAUCAAGUGGAGAAUAUUGACAAUUUUUUGUUUAUAUUUAAAAAAGAAUUUAACUCUUUAAAAAAAGACUCGUGAAGAUUUAUUUUGAAACUCGAAAACAUAACGAAAUUAUAAGCUAAGUUUUGUUGUUCGCCCCAUCAAAGGUAUUCGAAUACAUUUUUAUCUAAAUAAAAUGUUAUCAGUUAUUCGUUAUCUAGAUAAAAAUGUAUUAAAUUAUCUGAAACGUGCUGAAAAAUGUACAACAAGCUUAUUAUUUUUUCGACUUUUAAAAUGAAUCUACAGGAAUAGACUUUUUAAAUAGUUUGCAUUUUUGUAAAAUUAAAUGUUUCGUAGUUGCAACUUGAUGUGAUUUAAGAAUAAUCAUUAAUUUAAUAAACAAUUAACGUUAAUCGCGAUGACGCAUUGCGCAAUCGAUUAAUUAGUUGAAAAGAAUUAAUCGAUGAAUCCCUAAUUUUGGCUACCAAUCAGUAGCUAGUCAGAUGUACAGAGUUUGUCAGAGGGACAUGAUUUUCAAAGUACAUCCACUCUUUCCACGUCCAGUGUGAAACGUUUACCACGUUUUACGCUUAAAUAGUGAUAUCCCGAAUACGUAACAAACCGCUCAAAAUUUGAUACAAUUUACAGCGAAGAAUGUUUGUUUCCUUGCUUCAUAGUUUAAAACUAAUAGUUCAUAAGAUCGCUAUUAUUUGUCGCUCUUCUAUGAUGGAACUAACGUUGAUCACUCAUUCUUGUGAGAUGAUCUAUUCGAUUUGCAAUCGAAUAAGGUGAUUUGUAUGCAAAGAACGGUGUGUAAUCUUACGAGAUGGCUCACAGAUAGGCUUUAAGAGCUUUCAAUCGAACGGCUUAACGAGUACACUAACAACGAGUGCAAUCAAACGAAAAUAAGUAAAAAGAUCGCUAUGUCUGAUCUGGCGUCUUCCGAUCGUUGUACCUCUAAAUAUACUGCCAGUAAUCGGAUCUUGGUAAACGAAUACUCGUCCGUCGGUCAGAGAUUUUCUAAGAGUGUCUUGUUGUUGGUUGCGUUGUUCUUUUACAUGUAACUAUACAUAUACGCGUAUAUUCUGUAAGUCUUGCAAACUGUGGGACGAUUCAGAAGUGUUACAUUCAUCAUUCUUUUGAGAACGUCGCUUUCCAUAAGGUAGAGCGUAUAUGUAAAAGUAAAUUUUUAUCGAAUAACACGAGACUCGUAUAUGUCACUUGACCGACGAUGACGAUGUUCGGCGACGACGACGAUGGCCUCUAAAUGGAAAAGCAAAUAUUUUCUACGUUUUUCUUGUAAUUAAAUAUAUUGGCGGAGGGUACGACUUUUAUGGAUCGAAUCGAAAUAAAUUCGUACGCGCGGGAGACUAUCGUUUGUUAUUUAUCGUACGCGAUAAACAAUGUUGUUGACUCGAGAAAUGCUCGACGAAAUCAUGUGAAUAUAGUGUAUACAGCUGUGUCCUUACGGCAGACCUGGGCACACUUGAUCUGAAAUAAUUAUUUCAAAUAACACUAAUAGAGACAAAAUAGUUAACCCAUUGCAAAUCGCCCAACAAAUUUUUUAUUAGAAUGUCACUGAAGUAUAUUUGUUAUAUAAAUUUCUCUUUUUUCCUUUCAUUAUCAUUCGAUCACUCGCUUAGCUCCAUAAGUAUUUUAUUAUUUCAAGUACAAAACGAUGACUUUAGAAAUGAAAUAACCGUGAUAUAACAGUUACAUAUAUUAAAAUAAUAUUUCAAAUUAGUCCAGGUCUACCGUACGACAACGUUAUCGCGUUACCGUUUCAACGCGAAAUGCAUUUGUUAUACGAAUAUUAUUUGUUAUCUGUCAAUGUAGUACCGUAAACACGAUGUUGAUGCUGCAAUCGAAAAUUGCUCGAAUUUAGGCUGGCCGCUUCCUUAUAUGUAUACAUGUAUGAUUGAGCCUGCAAGAGGACAAACGCAAUACUCAACUUACGCGAGUAAAGUUGUCAAAAAGAAGGGAACCCUCAAAUUUUUCGACAGUGCUUUAAUAAUUACGACGAUAAGGGUGAAACCAGCGUAAUAUGUACCGCGUUGUUUUCCUCAAAAUCGUUUAUGUAGUAAGCACGAAGUUGCCAAAGUAGCGAUAUCAUUUGGCCUUAUGUCACUAAGCUCCUUAGCUGAGCGAACAAUCAAACCAGCAUCGCGUAUCGCUUGUACGAACGAGUUGAACUUAUAAUUAGACGUAAAUCUAUGAGCUAUUUGAACGUCAAAAUAAACUUAAAUAAUUUUGAAUUAUACGCGCUUAUAGUCACUGGUUACUUUGAGAAGAAUAUACUUUUUACCAAAGCUUGUGGCUCAAUAUUUUUUACGUCUUUUCUCGCAUCAGAAAUGGACAAAAUUCUCAUCUACAUAACCCUCGGAUAAUACUUUUCUUUGUCCCAAAGCUACAUUACGGUUUUAAAACUGUUACAGCAUCCAUUUAAAGGUUAUACGAUACAAUCCGUCUUGACAAAGUAAUUCUACCAUACAA